CCUAGAAGUGAAGCUGCUGAACAAACCUUGAGAAGAAUCAUCUCCUGCUUCAAUCUGCCACUGGAUAGGAACUAAUCAGAGAGCGGGCGGCGGAAGACGGGGCCGGAGGGAGCCGGGCUCUCGCGGCGGCGGAGCUCACCUCCACUCCAACUCCCCAGACUUUCUUGCAGAAAUUAUAGGGGAGAUAAGGAGGCGGCGGGGAUUCGGAGGAGCUGAACCUGCACCCGGGAGGGGCGAAAACCCCCCUUCCCCGCAACUCAGUUCGAAAGUGAAGGUUUCUCAACAGUGAUGUCACAAGACUGACCACGCUGACACAAUAUGGAGUCUGGAGAGCGGCUGCCACCCUCGCCAGCCUCCUCUUCCUCGCCAACGUCCUCGUCUGCUCCGCCUGUGGCUUCAGCAGUUUCCAAAAGCAGCCUUUCCACGGGACCUGCUUCUCUGAGCUCUACAGCCAACCCAUGUGUUCUUGAAGCUGGGAAGUCCAAGAUCAAGGUGUCGCCCGAUUCAGUGUCUGGACAUUUAUUCAGAGCAGCUGGGGAUCAGCCGUUUAACCUGUCCACAGUGUCGAGUGCCUUCCCAAUGGUCAGCCACCCAGUCUUUGGUCUACACUCAGCCAGCUCAGGGCAUUCAGAAUUUGGUGGUUUGGGGACACUUGGUACACCCACAGCCUUAGCCGCACAUCCCCAACUAACGUCUUUUCCAGGUGCAGAAUGGUGGCGAAGUGCAGAUGCUCACACCGGGGCAGGAGCGCCCUUCUUCCCGCCGCUACUGGGCAUUCCACCGCUGUUUGCUCCUGCAGCCCACAACCACGAUUCGUCAUUCCACUCAAGGACCUCUGGGAAGAGAAAUGGUUCUGAAAAAGGUAUAAAUGGGUCAGUUAACGGAAACAGUGCAUCGUCUGUGCUUGGUGUCAAUUCAUCUGUACUAUCCACUCCUGCUUCGAGUUCCAUGGGACAGAGUCAAAGCACAAGCUCAGGUGGAGGAGCCCUAAAAUGUCAUCAGGAACAAAACCAAAGUCAGCCUUUGGAUGCCAGAGCCGACAAAAUCAAAGACAAGAAACCGAGGAAGAAGGCUAUGGAAAGUUCUAGCAACAGUGAUAGUGAUUCAGGCACAUCGUCAGACACCUCAAGUGAAGGCAUUAGCAGUAGUGACUCAGACGAUCUGGAAGAGGAAGAGGAAGAAGAUCAAAGUAUUGAGGAGAGUGAAGAGGAUGACUCUGACUCAGAGACUGAAGCACAACACAAAAGUAGCAACCAGGUGCUAUUACAUGGUAUUUCAGACCCGAAAGCGGACGGACAGAAAGCAACUGAAAAAGCCCAGGAAAAAAGAAUACACCAGCCAUUACCUCUUGUGUCUGAAUCCCAGACCCACUCAUCAUUCCAAUCCCAGCAGAAGCAGCCUCAGGUUUUGUCACAGCAGCUUCCAUUUAUUUUCCAAAGCUCUCAGGCAAAGGAGGGAUCUGUGAACAAACACACCAGUGUGAUACAGUCGACGGGAUUGGUGUCGAAUGUGAAACCUUUGUCCUUGGUAAAUCAAGCCAAAAAGGAAACCUACAGGAAACUCACAGUUCCUUCUCCCGAAGUACUUAAAGCAGGGAAUAAAAAUACCUCCGAAGAAUCUAGUUCUUUGACCAGUGAAUUGCGAUCCAAACGGGAACAAUAUAAGCAGACAUUCCCAUCUCAAGUGAAGAAACAGGAGACAGCCAAGAGCCUGAAGAAGGUUAUUGCAGCUUUGUCCAGUACAAAAGCAACCUCUAGUUCACCAGCACAUCCAAAACAACCAUUAGAAAACAACCACCCUAACCCAUUUUUGACAAAUGCACUUUUAGGUAAUCACCAACCAAAUGGAGUUAUUCAAAGUGUCAUUCAAGAAGCUCCCUUAGCGCUCACUACCAAAACUAAAGUACAGAGUAAGACUAACGAAAGUGUUGCCAGCAGCAGCCCCUUCUCCUCACCUGUCAACCUGAGCACUAGUGGGAGAAGAACUCCUGGCACACAGACUCCGGCGCUGCCCUCCGCCUCUCCCGUGCUGCACAGCCAGGGGAAGGAGAAAGCGGUAAGCAGCAGCCCAGCCCCCUUGAAAGCGCAGCACCUCCCCCACCCUGCCAAGUCCUUGGUGGAGCAGUUCAGAGGAACGGAUUCAGACAUUCCGAGCAGUAAAGACUCGGAGGAUUCAAAUGAGGAUGAAGAGGAAGACGAUGAGGAAGAAGAUGAAGAGGAUGAUGAAGACGACGAGUCUGAUGACAGCCAAUCAGAAUCAGAUACUAAUUCAGAAUCAGAUUCGGAGGCCUCGGAAGACGACGAUGAGAAAGACCAGGAGGAAUCAGAUAGUGACACCGAAGGAGAGAAAGCCGCUGCAAACCUGAAUCAGACAAGCUCAUCGGCCAAAAGCCCCCCUGUCAGCCUCACAGCUCCCUCGACUCCGCACAACCUCCACAUAGCAGUAACCCCCGGCUCGGCCCCCGCCGCCCUGUGUGCUGAGCCCCCGUCUCCUGCUUUUCUCGGCACUUCUUCUUCCACACUCACGGCCAGCCCGCACUCUGGUCCAUCCAAACGGAGAAGAGCGCCAGAUGAACGCGAGCUUCGUCUUCCUGUGGAAUAUGGCUGGCAGAGAGAGACAAGAGUGAGAAACUUUGGUGGGCGCCUUCAGGGAGAAGUGGCGUAUUAUGCUCCGUGUGGAAAGAAGCUGAGGCAGUACCCCGAGGUAAUAAAGGGAAUGCAGUGGUGUCUUUUGAAAGAAGAAGAUGUCAUUCCUCGUAUCAGAGCAGUGGAUGGCCGAAGAGGAAGACCUCCCAAUCCAGAUAGACCGAGAGCAAGAGAGGAAUCCAGGAUGAAACGCCGGAAGGGUCGCCCUCCCAAUGUUGGCAGUGCAGAAUUCCUAGAUAACACAGAUGCAAAAUUACUAAGGAAACUCCAGGCGCAAGAAAUAGCCAGACAAGCAGCACAAAUAAAGCUUUUGAGAAAACUUCAAAAGCAGGAACAGGCUCGGGUUGCCAAAGAAGCUAAAAAACAACAAGCAAUAAUGGCUGCGGAAGAGAAGCGAAAGCAGAAAGAACAGAUGAAGAUUAUGAAGCAGCAGGAAAAAAUUAAGAGAAUACAGCAAAUCAGAAUGGAGAAGGAACUCCGAGCUCAGCAAAUUCUUGAGGCUAAAAAGAAAAAGAAGGAAGAAGCGGCAAAUGCCAAAUUAUUGGAGGCCGAGAAACGAACAAAGGAAAAAGAACUGAGGAGGCAGCAGGCUGUUCUUCUGAAGCACCAGGAGUUGGAGAGGCAUAGACUAGAUAUGGUAUGGGAACGCGAGCGAAGGCGGCAGCACAUGAUGCUUGUGAAGGCGAUGGAAGCGCGUAAGAAAGCCGAGGAAAAAGAACGAUUGAAACAAGAGAAGCGCGAUGAGAAAAGACUGAACAAGGAGCGCAAACUAGAACAGCGGAGAUUGGAGUUAGAAAUGGCGAAGGAGCUCAAGAAGCCUAAGGAGGACAUGUGCUUAGCAGACCAAAAGCCCUUGCCAGAGUGGCCUCGCAUCCCGGGACUUGUGCUCUCUGGAACCACGUUUUCAGACUGUCUCAUGGUGGUGCAGUUUUUACGCAACUUUGGAAAAGUUUUGGGUUUUGAUGUGAAUCUUGAUGUCCCGACCCUCAGUGUGCUCCAGGAGGGAUUGCUAAAUAUAGGGGACAGCAUGGGUGAAGUGCAGGACCUGCUGGUGAGGCUGCUGUCAGCUGCUGUGUGCGAUCCAGGUCUCCUAACAGGAUACAAGGCCAAAACAGCUCUUGGAGAACAUUUGCUGAAUGUUGGUGUGAAUCGAGACAAUGUGUCCGAGGUUUUGCAGAUUUUCAUGGAAGCCCACGGUGGACAGACUGAGCUGACCGAGAGCCUGAAGACGAAGGCUUUUCAGGCUCACACUCCAGCGCAGAAAGCCUCAGUCCUGGCCUUCCUCAUUAAUGAGCUGGCGUGCAGCAAGAGUGUGGUGAGUGAGAUUGACAAGAACAUUGAGUACAUGUCAAACUUGAGGAGAGAUAAAUGGAUGGUGGAAGGUAAACUCCGCAAACUUAGGAUAAUUCAUGCUAAGAAAACAGGCAAGAGAGACGCUUCGGGGGGCAUUGAUCUCGGGGAAGAGCAGCAUCCCUUGGGGACACCCACUCCUGGACGCAAGCGGAGGAGGAAGGGAGGUGACAGUGACUAUGAUGAUGAUGAUGAUGAUGACAGUGAUGACCAAGCUGAUGAGGAUGAUGAAGACGAAGAAGAUAAAGAUGACAAAAAAGGAAAGAAGGCUGAUCUCUGUGAGGAUGAGGAUGAAGGUGACCAAACAGCAAGUGUUGAGGAGCUAGAAAAACAGAUAGAAAAACUGAGCAAACAACAGAGCCAGUACAGGCGGAAGCUCUUCGACGCUUCUCACUCGUUACGCUCCAUGAUGUUCGGUCAGGACCGGUACCGACGCAGAUACUGGAUCCUUCCUCAGUGCGGAGGGAUUUUCGUAGAAGGCAUGGAGAGUGGUGAAGGCCUAGAAGAAAUUGCAAAAGAAAAAGAAAAGCUUAAAAAGGCAGAAAGUCUCCAGAUCAAAGAAGAAGUCCUGGAGACUCCCCUGGACGCUCUAAACUGUUCCACCACAGAUCACUGUGAGCAGAAGGACGACCUUAAAGAGAAAGAUAGCACGAAUCUGUUUCUUCAGAAGCCUGGCUCCUUCUCCAAGUUAAGCAAACUUUUGGAAGUCGCUAAAAUGCCUCCCGAGUUAGACGUCAUAACCCCCCCAAAAGCGAGUGUUAGCACUAACGGGUGCGCGCUGCCGCCUCCGAGCAGCGGGAAGCACGCGCUGGGGGCCCUGGGGAGCCUCCCCGCCGCGGCCCCGGGCGCGGGGAAGGCGGACGCGGCCCUGUUCAGCCCCGGCUCCGGGUGCGCCAAGUUCUACAGCCCCCUCCCCAACGACCAGCUGUUGAAGACGCUGACCGAGAAGAACAGGCAGUGGUUUAGCCUCCUGCCCAAAACGCCUUGUGAUGAUACUUCCCUGACCCAGGCCGACGCGUCCGCGGCUCCUCAGGCCCAGCCACCCUCCAAGUCGCCUUCGCCUGCGCCAGCUCCCCUCCUCGGGCCGCCUUCUGUCCCGAGCCCCGCGGGGCUGAAUCCGUUUGCUCUGUCCCCGUCGCCUCUACAGGUGAAAAGCAGUGUGUCUAUGAUGGGCCUUCAGUUCUGCGGGUGGCCGGCCGGAGUGCUCACUUCCAGUGUCCCCUUUCCGUCCCCUUUGCCUGGGCUGGGCUCGGGGUUGGGACUGUCAGAAGGAAACGGCAGUUCAUUCUUGGCUUCCAGUGUUGCUUCAAGUAAAAGUGACUCCCCAGUCCCUCCACCCGAGAAGGCGUGCGCAGCUCAGCCAGCAGCUGUUGAAGCAGCAAAGCCAGUGGAUUUUCCCAGCCCAAAGCCGAUCCCAGAAGAAAUGCAGUUUGGUUGGUGGAGAAUCAUUGACCCAGAGGACCUGAAGACCUUGCUGAAAGUGCUGCAUCUCCGAGGGAUAAGGGAAAAGGCGCUACAGAAGCAGAUACAGAAGCACCUGGAUUACAUCACCCAGGCCUGCACCAAGAACAAGGACGUUGCUAUUAUUGAAUUAAACGAGAAUGAGGAAAAUCAGGUAACUCGAGAUAUCGUGGAAAACUGGUCAGUAGAAGAGCAAGCAAUGGAACCGGAUCUGAACAUCCUCCAGCAAGUGGAAGACCUGGAACGGAGGGUGGCGUCAGCAAGUUUGCAAGUGAAGGGUUGGAUGUGUCCAGAGCCUGCGUCAGAAAGGGAGGACUUGGUAUAUUUUGAACAUAAGUCAUUUCCUAAGUUGUACAAGGAGCAUGAUGGAGAACACACUGGUGAAGAAGCCGCCAGUGCGCAUGCCCUGGCACGGAAGAGCGACAACCCCCUAGAUAUAGCUGUAACCAGGCUGGCUGAUUUGGAGCGGAACAUUGAGAGAAGGUAUCUGAAGAGCCCCUUAAGUACCACCAUUCAGAUCAAACUGGAUAAUGUGGGCACAGUUACUGUCCCUGCUCCUGCACCAUCCAUUAGUGGUGAUGGUGACGGAGUUGAAGAGGAUAUUGCUGCAGGGCUCAGGGUCUGGAGAAGGGCGUUAGCAGAAGCUCGCAGUGCCGCACAGGUAGCCCUGUGCGUCCAGCAGUUACAGAGGUCAAUAGCAUGGGAAAAAUCAAUUAUGAAAGUUUACUGCCAGAUCUGUCGGAAGGGGGACAAUGAGGAGCUGCUUCUCCUCUGUGAUGGCUGUGACAAAGGCUGCCACACCUACUGCCACAGGCCCAAGAUCACAACGAUUCCCGAGGGGGACUGGUUUUGUCCAGCUUGCAUUGCUAAGGCAAGUGGUCAGACUAUAAAAAUUAAAAAAAUUCACGUCAAAGGAAAAAAGACAAAUGAAUCCAAGAAAAGCAAAAAAGGAAAUGUCGCCGGGGACACUGAAGAUGAAGACUCCGCUUCGACGAGCAGCUCACUGAAGAGAGGAAGCAAAGAUCUCAAGAAAAGGAAAAUGGAGGAAAACACUUCUAUCAGCUUGUCCAAAGUAGAAAGUGUUUCUUCUGUUAAGAAACCCAAAAGAGAUGACUCCAAGGACCUGACUCUCUGCAGUAUGAUCCUGACUGAAAUGGAAACACACGAGGAUGCCUGGCCUUUUCUACUUCCUGUAAACUUGAAACUUGUACCUGGCUAUAAGAAAGUUAUUAAGAAGCCUAUGGAUUUUUCUACAAUUAGAGAAAAACUAAAUAAUGGACAGUAUCCCACCUUUGAGACCUUUGCUCUAGACGUCAGGCUUGUUUUUGACAACUGUGAAACAUUUAAUGAAGAUGACUCCGACAUAGGCAGAGCUGGCCACAGUAUGCGAAAAUACUUUGAAAAAAAGUGGACAGAUACCUUCAAAGUGAGCUGAAGUUGUAAUCUCCUUUUUCUCUUUUUCCUUUUAAACAAGGACAAACAUGACCAGCAAUGUGAACUGCAUUUACACGGAUGUGCAAGGCACAUACAUAACUAACUUUUUCCCUUAAAGUAAGUGUGUGUGUAUAUAUAUACAUAUAUGUGUGUAUAUAUGUAUGUGUACAUAUAUAUGUGCAUAUAUACACACACAUUCGUAUAUAUAUAUAUAUAUAUAUAUUUAAAAAAGGAUGGGAAAAAUGAUACCAUUUUUAGAGGCUUCACUCCUACAGCCAAGCCCGUUGGUCACGGGUUUGUGUGAUUUAUCAGCUAAUUUAGGUAGAACAGGGAAGCACACCCAAAGAAUUUUUAAAGGAAAGGGUGUCAUAGUGCAAUAGCAAUUAAACUCUAUUACACCGCACUGAAUCGCCAACACCAGAGCUCUAACGUGGGGAAUGGUUCUCCUUUCCCUCUCAAUAAAUAUCUAUUUUUCAUUUUUUUACUUUGUAGUUUAUUUUUUAGUGAAUGUAUUUAAUUUUAUGAAUUAUUUAUGAUUAAACCACAUCCAGAAUCUUCGUUUUCUGUGAAAAGGAAGAAUAGAAAAUUGCUUUAAAUCUUGAAAAUACAACAAGGAAUGUUUUAAAAGAUAAAACAAAGCCAAGUUAAACUGUUUACACUGGUGUGCUCUGACAGCACCAAAAAUAACCCUUACUGUAGAGUCACAGUACAUUUAUAUAAGUGUAUAUAUAUGUUGUGCACCGCUUGUGUAGUUAAAGUGUACUGAAGCCAGUGGGGAUUGACGUGUAUAUACUGUUCAUUAUUGUUUAUAUUGAGUCCUGUUUUCAUAUGUAUUAUGUGUAUAUAUUGUUUGAGGACAUUAUUGUUUCUGCCUUAGAAGGACUGUAGCGUUCUCUCUGGAUCUGAAGGUGAUUGCAGCUUACAGCUUGUACAGCGGUCCUCUACCAACACUGUGGCGUCUCCCUAAGCUUGGUAGUGCCUGCCUUUGAAACAGGGUGUAGGGGAUAGUAGUUUUCCAUUUUUCUAUUUUGUUAUAUAAUUUUAAGCCACCAGGGCCUAAAUUAAAGUAUAAUCAUUUGUAUCCAUGUGGAAUAAAAUCGUGACGAUUUCCUACACACACAGUAUUUUUUCAUAGAGACACUUCCCUCCCAUCUGCCUUGCCUCAGAAAUAAAUUUAAAAGACAUUUGUAACCACUGUGUUUUAUCUACUGUGUGUUGUGGCCUGUUGGAGGCAAAUAGAUCAGAGUUUUUUUGUACCUAUGUAAAAGUACUUGAAGUUUUAUUUAAAAUAAAAUGAUGUGGAAAAGGUA